AUGCGCCGCAGCCUUACGGGUAGCAACUCCUCAUCUGCUAGUGCUGGUCUCUCUGGAAUUUCCGAUCUUGCAGGAAGCUGUUGUCAGACCGCUGGGGGCCUGGGUCCGACCAGCUUGUCGGUACACCAGGCCCAAUUGGCAGCUAGUUGUUGUGGCCAGGUACGAUCUGCAAUAAUGGCUGGUGCACUAGGUGGACCCAUCGUGCACGCCCUUCUAUCUUCUUCCCUCAUCAGUAUGCUGGCUGCUCUUCGUGUAACACUUACACAGGCUCUAGGUACUUCUGCUACACCUGUCACUGGUGGUAGUGGACCUGGUAGUUCUCUCGGUGUCGAUCCAGGCAAUGGCCUCCCUUCUGGCUCAGCUUCAAACCUAUCUGGUCAUGGUGCCAGCAGUGGCAAUGGUAUGAUCGCUGCUGCUGCAGCUGCGGCCGCUGCUGGCGGUGGUUUUCAGAACCUAUCUCCUUCGCGUCUGCUUGCCGCAAUGCCUCACGUUCUCGCGCUGGCGCGCAUUAACCCACCCCCUGGACUAGCACUUGCCCCACUUCACCAGCCUCAGCUCUCUUCUGCUGUCGUACUUCAACAUCAGAACCCUUUGCAUUCACAUGCUAGACAACACAUUGCCCUCCCUCAUAUAGUCGGUUAG